ACUGUCGUUCCUCGCUCAUCAAAAUUCAAUGGGUUAAAUUUUCAAACCCUAAUCUUUGCGUAGAUCAUUGAUUCUUUUUUCAAAAGAAUAUUUUCAGGUUCUUUUCCCUUGUUUUUGAAUUGCUGGCAACAUUCGUUAAGCGGCACGUGGAGUCCCGGCUCUAUCGUCUUCAUGGUUUUAGUUCCUCAGUACCGAUCGGGAUACUCUCGCUGGAACACUGCCGGUUCCCGGAAUUUGAAUGGCGUCGGUCGUUUUGGCGAAUUGUAAUGAGUCAAAUUGGCCACUUCCGCUGAAUACCAGUGUCGAUUUCAUGGGCAAAGUUCCAUUUACAGCUAAAAACCCAAUCCCUAACCCUAAAUUCAGCAAGAAGCGUUAUUUUCAGCACCGAUUGAUGCAGCCCGACGAUGUUUCUGGCCGCGUUGUUGAUGAUCACCCCGCCGUUACCCAUUCUGCGGCUUCGGAUGAUGCGUCGUCGAUUAAUCGUAAGAUAAAUGAUUUCAGCUCUGGCAGUUACGUUAGUUUUCCCGUCAGCUCUUAUACAAGGAAGGAGUUGAUUGAUCUGAAGAGCCGGUUGGCUUCAGAGCUGGAGCAGAUACGUGAAUUGAAGAAUCGAAUCCAGUCAAAUGAUUUUCAGGCUAGAUCCAGCUCCACGAAGAAACCCUUACCCAAAAAGAACAUUUCUGGCAACAAACGACCUUUGCCCCCAAAUUCCAGCAAAGAUUUGAGGAGAUUGAACCCUCUAGAGAACGGAAAACCAUCGAAGGCUUAUUUGAUGAAAAACUGCUCCCAAAUCUUGAGCAAACUAAUGAAGCACAAACAUGGGUACAUCUUCAAUUCGCCAGUGGAUGUGGUUGGGUUGGGGCUUCACGAUUAUUACGCUGUUAUCAAGAAUCCGAUGGAUCUGGGCACUGUUAAAUCGAGGUUGGCCAAAAACUUUUAUGCUUCUCCGUUGGAUUUCUCGGCAGAUGUCAGGCUGACAUUCAAAAACGCCAUGCUGUAUAAUCCGAAGGGGCAUGAGGUUUAUGCGUUGGCUGAGCAGCAGCUUUCGCGAUUUGAGGAUUUGUUUCGUCCAUUGAGUUUGAAAUUGGAGGAGCAAGAUGAUCCUCAAGAAAUGGAGUAUUACGAGGAAGAGUUGCAAGCUAGUUCUUGGGAUCAUGGGGAAGCUGAGAGGUUGAAGAAAGAUAGGGAAAUUGAUAAGGAUGAUUCGAUUAACAUUGGGGCAAGAUCUGAUAAAGAUGGGAGGAUUUUGAGCUAUGUUUCAAACUCCAAUCCACCGCCAGCACAGGUGCAGUUGCAGCAGGAGCUUGCUUCUCCAGUAAGGGCGCCACCAGUUAAGCCAGUGAAGUUGCCUAAACCUAAGGCCAAGGAUCCGAACAAGAGGGAAAUGACUAUGGAGGAGAAGCAAAAGUUGGGGAUUGGACUGCAGAGCUUGCCACAGGAGAAGAUGGACAAUGUGGUUCAUAUUUUAAGGAAAAGGAAUGGACACUUGACGCAGGAUGGGGAUGAGAUUGAACUUGAUAUCGAGGCAAUGGACACAGAGACUCUGUGGGAGUUGGAUCGGUUUGUCACUUAUUACAAAAAGAUGGUCAGCAAGAUCAAACGGCAAGCGUUGUUGUCAAACAAUGUUGCAUCCAAUGACAGUAAUCAGAGAGAAGAAACUGUGGAGAAGACGGAUGUUGCAACGGAGAUGAAGAGGUCGAAGAAAGCUGAUGCUGGAGAUGAUGAUGUAGAUAUUGGGGAUGAAAUGCCAAUGAGCAGUUUUCCACCGGUGGAGAUAGAGAAAGAUAACGAACGCUGUAGUAGCAGUUCCAGUGGCUCCAGCAGUUCGAGCAGUGGUUCUUCAUCGUCUAGUGAUUCGGAAUCUGGGAGUUCACCAGGAAGCGAUUCAGAUGGUGAUGAUGCUCGAUCAUAAGGCCUCGGUUUGAAGUAUGAGUUCAUUACACGUUUUUGGAGCUUGUCAGCUGAGAUUUUGGGGUGGAACUUAGGUAGAUUUACUAACAAUGCUAACAAAUUAAGAAGUUAGGUAUGGAGUCACUGCGUUAAAUGCUGAAUGUGUGGGCCUUUUUUUUCAUUUUGUUGAAUGUACAGGGUGGGUUGUUUAAGUGUAUUGUGUGAGUUGUGUAAUGGUUGUUCUCUUUCGAGGAAAGAAACGGACGAAAUUGGAAAAUGGGGGGCAUCAUCAUUGCUAGAAGAAUCAUUGAAACUGUGGGCUUGGGCAAAAUGUAGUAAAAAAUAGUUGAGAGAUUUGGUAGAAGAUAUUUUUGUAGGAAAAGUAGUUUUUUUUUGGGAGGGGGAAAGGUAGAAAGAACAUUUGUAUGCGUGGAACCACAAUACAUAGAUUUUCAGCAGCAAUAGUGAGGAAUGUACAAUUACAGAGCUUUUGCUUC